AUGGCAGGAAACAAAGGCAUCAAAUCCGAUCCGGCAAAUAUUUACUGCAAGCACAGCGCAGCAAUGGGACACGUAAUCGUGCAGCGAUUACUGGCCUACUUCCCUUGUCUCCUGCAUCGUCGCAAGCAAUCACCAUCGGUAGUUGACGAGGUACACGGCGUUCUGUCGCCACCGCCGUCACUACCACCGAAUUAA